AUGUAUGUGUGCGUGUUAGCAUCUGGAUCCCAAUUUCCCCUCACUUUUCUCCUCCUUUCUUUAACCACAAAGGAACUCUUGACCAUGAUGCGCCGUGCCUGUAGGCUCUUGCAAUGUGCAGAGCGGGGGCCAUUUGACCCCUACCGCAUUCUCGGCCUUCAACAUACCGCAAGCAAAGAUGACAUCAAGAAGGCUUACCGUCGCCUCGCGCUUCGCUUUCAUCCCGAUGGCGGCCCAGAGGGUAACAAAGAACGAUUUCAGGCGGUGCAGGAGGCCUACGAGGCGCUGAAGGACGGGAAGUGGAGCCCACCGGCAUCUGCCAAAAGCGCGGAAGGGGGGAAUGGAACAGGCGCGUGGGAUGCGAAGGUGGGGAUGUACGUGUACGAGCGGCCAGGCUCCACGACAGAAAACUAUGUGAAUGGUAGGACACAGACAUUGUUGCGCAUGUGUGUGGUAUGGACAACAGCAUUUAUAUUGGUUCGUUCGUUUCUUCUCUGGGUGUUUCCAUAUCGUAGAACAUCACCAACUGUGGACUGGAUUGACGGUGUGCUCGACGGUAAGGAAUACGGGGACGUUGGCGCUGUUUCAGCGUUGAACAUGCAUGGGGGGAGGGUCCCUCCCCAGUCCCACUCCGUCCACGCUGAUGGUGAUGAAAGAAUAGGAUCUUUUUAUAGUUAUGGUUCGUCGUCUUAG